AGCUCUCCUGUGCACCAUACACAUCUUUCUGCUCCCCACAGCACUUGUCCAGACCCCUCUCAAAUUCUUACCAUGGCCCUGUGGAUUCAGUGUCUCCCCCUGGCAAUUCUCCUGAGCCUGUUUACACCUAGCACCAGCGCCAUAGCCAACCAGCACUUGUGUGGGUCUCACCUGGUAGAAGCACUGUACAUGGUGUGUGGGCAGAGAGGCUUCUUCUAUUAUCCCAAGAUCAGACGGGACAUCGAGCAAGCCCAGGGGUCCCUGGGCAGCGAGAUGGACGGCAUGAAGCUGCAGGAAUAUCAGUUUGAGAAGAGAGGCAUCGUAGAGCAAUGCUGUCACAGCACCUGCUCCCUGUACGAGCUGGAGAGCUACUGCAACUGAUAACCGGACGAACCGCCAGGGCACUUUCAUAUCGCACCCCAUACCCAGCUACAUCAGGCAAAAAUCAUGACGCAGAACACCAUGGGCACACGCAGAAACACGCAUACUGCAUACAAAUACAUAUAUUUGGCUAUCCCAUGCAGAUAUGAAAUCACGCAAUGCUAGAAAUAAUAUUUUGUUAAGAAAUACCAUGGGAUAGGUAAAUAUUAGAAAUUAGCAUGUCCGUCGUUAUGUUUUGCAUUUAUUCGUAUUUUUUUUUUUGCGGUUUUAUUUGCAUCACAAAAAUCUGGACUUUUCUUAUUAGAAUGUCGCUGUGUUCUUUUUUUUUGGUUUUAUAGUAAAGGUAGAAUUGCUAGCGCAGAAGUACAGGUGGCCGGUUCUAACAGAAGUUGGCUGUUAUUUCUUUUUUUACAGUGGGUUCAUACGAGGGUAUCGAGUCAGUACUUCUGAGACUAAUAAUAAAAAAUGAGACAGGGCGUUAGUGAAAAAGCGCAGAGAAACAAAGGCGGAUGGAGGAGAAUUUAAGUGUCCCUGUGCACUUCCGAAAAUUAAUGGGGGUGAAAUGUCCAUAAUGUUACACAAAGCUUUCUUUCACAAUGUAAGUGUCCUGUAACCGAUUCACGCUCUCUCUCAGUCUGAAUGCAAAUAAAGUUAUGCUACAAAGAAAAAGACCAAA